AGGAGGGAAGUUGAGUCGGCUGCUCUACUUGAAGUUGGUCCCCUCAGGGCGAGUGGACAAAUCGGGACAGCCGGACAAAAUGACUGACCUGGUUGUCUCCUUAGGGGUGCUGGGGGCCGCGGUGCUCCUAAGUGAAGUCAUCCGCUGGACAGCUGCGCGGUUUUCCCCCGGAGCAUACUGGAUUUACCUGCUGGAAGCUGCGUCCACCUUCCAGCUCUGCUGCUGCACUCAUGAACUGAAGCUGCUGGGUGAAACAGCCCGGUUGGAUCUGCUGGUCAGCCUGACCCUCACCUACACAAUGACGGUCGUACACAUCACAACUUUCCGAGGAGCGGCGUGUAACCCCAGCGGGGCUUUGGAGACCGUUUGCCGCGGAAACAGCAGCGUCCGAGCCGCUCUUGUCCUCAUCGCUUGUCAGUUCGGAGCUGCUGUCGCGGCGCAGUAUUUCGCAGCCUCAGUGUGGACUCUGGGUCUGUCAGACGUCCAUAUCAGACACCAGAGGUUCGGGUUUAGAUGCUUUGACCCCCUUGGUGGGACAGUACUGGAGGCCGCGGCCGUGGAGCUGGCCUGUGCGUUCACUGUCCAGGCUGCCGCCAUGCACAUCCACAAAGUGGACGAAAAACUCCGCGCUCACGUCUUUGCUGCAGUCAUCACUACUCUGGUUUAUGCAGGUGCAAGUAUCUCAGGAGCUGUUUUUAACCCGGUCCUGGCCUUCUCCAUCCAGUUCCCCUGCAGUGGUCACACGUACCUGGAGUACUGCUUCGUGUACUGGCUGGGACCAAUCUUGGGUGUGGCGAGCUGCAUCCUGCUGUUUGAGAAGGUCAUCCCUUUCCUCUCUGGAAAAAGCACAAUAGGACUGGAUGUCCCUGCUGCCCCCAAACAGAAGACACAGUAGUGGUAACACAAGGAAACGCAAAGUUGGUCUUUCAGUCGCUUGUGGGUCUCCUUAAAGUGUGUUUUCCCAUAUGUCUCCUUCAACUGUAUGAAAAUGUGCCAAAGCCUAGAGGGGGAAUCUUAAAUUGAUCCCUUAGGCUUGUUGCGUUUUGCACAGCUAGUUCAACUCGAAUUCACAAGUUCUAUUUUUAUGAUUUAAAAGAAAAGAUGAGCACUAAUAGAGCUAGCACACUGAUGGAUCUCUUCACUUUGUUAACAGUUACACUACAAGUGAUGAACGGUUGGAUUGUUUUAUUUGUCACUAAAGCACAAUGAAGUUUGAAACUUUUGGCAAUGGAUGCCUUAAGGAAAACACUCAACCUUCAAUCAGAUUACUUUAGAUAAGACACUGACUUGCUGCUAAAACACUGCAGAUCUUAUUUUUUAUUAUUAAAGGCAUGAGCACAUUUCAUUUUUCCUCUCUCUUUAACAAGCAAUGGCAUUAGUAACACCUGUGCAAUUUAAUUUAAUUCAGAACAACAGCUCUGCCUUAAAUUCCACUUCUAAGAGGCUGCUACAUUUUCAGUUGUUUGUUGAUUUCAUCAGGUAUAUGUUAUUUUUAAUUUUUAUUUAUUUUUGGAGUUGCAGUGAGGGUGAAGGGGUACUGUAAAAGGUGUUCUUAAUAUUUUGCCCACUCAAUUAACAAACAUGAGAGGAGUGAAGUAUUAGGAGCUGCAUAAAUAUGUUAUUUCAUUACAUCACAACCUUCUAUGACCUCAAUAAGUAAUAAUUCUAAUAAUAACUAAAUUGUUAUAGCACUUAGGUUAGUAGUUAUUCUGCAGAUAAACAAAAAGAAUGGCUGCCUCACUCUGCAUGAUCUCUACAUAGAGGUCUGGAUCAUUUGGUGUAGCUCAGUAAUAAAAACCAGUUUUUGGGUUACCAAACUACAGAAGUGUAUUGCAUUCUAAGCUAACUUUUUCAUACUCUGGACACUACUCUAAAAUCCCUUACCAGCAUGUAGUCCCUGCUAUUAAUCAGGCUCAUCCUCCAUCAGCCUUUUACACAAAAAUCUCCAAGUUUGUCAAAUCAGAACAGAAAGAAAACUAGAUUCAACUUAACUGUAGGGCCAAGUUUGCUUUUUUUUUAACAUGCAUUAGAAAUUAGGGCUGGGAGUUUAAUCGCAAAUUGGAUUAAAUCGCAAUAUGGCCUGCUGUAAUCAACCUGAAAUCUUUUCAACCUGAAAGUUUUAUACAAUUUUUAUGCAGCAGAGAUUUUUUCUCUACACAUUAUGCAAGCAUUCAAGUGUCUUUUUUUCAGAAUACUUUAGAAAAAUCCUACUUUUCCUGUACUUGUACAUGAUUUUCUUAAUCAAAACAAGAAUUUCCAUCCCCUUCAGUUGAUAUCAAAUUUGCUAUAUGAACCAAAAUUGAAGUUAGAUAUAUUUUUUUAAAUCUAUCAUCUCUAGUUUAAUUUAUGUAAUAAUGUGUUAGUUAUAAUAAAGAAUGAUUUAUUUCUUUCUGCUUAAUGAACAAUACAUAAGAUGAGGAACCUAAUCGAAAAAAAUAAUCAUACAGUAAAUCGCAUUUGCAAUAUUGGGGAAGAAAAUCCCAAUUGUUAUUUUCUAGGAUUCAAGGGUGUUUAACUCAGAGGGAUAAAAAUGUAGAAAAAACCUCUAAAACAGAAAAGAAAUUAUCAUAUGACUUGAUGUCUUGAAUUGUGUUUUCACUUCAUUAACUACACUCCACAAGAUUUAUUUGCUAAAUCGUUUAUCAUUGUGUCCUUUAUUUGACAGCAUAUUAGGACAACUGUGAAAAAAAAAGGAGGAUCUGUCACUCUUGGGGAAAAACCCCUCAAAUUUUAAGAUACGAUGUCUCAAAUUUACAAGACACUAAAUUCAGAAUUUUUGAGAUUAUAAAAUUGAAGAUUUACAAGAAAAAACAUUCAGCAUCCAGUCCAAUCCAGUCAUACAGACUGUUCAGAAGAAAACACACUGACAGCGUUCAGGAGAUGAUCUGAUCCAACCAAUAUUUUGAGUUUUGUGUCUCAUAAAUUUAUGAUUUUAUAAACUUGAAAUUUUCAAACCCUGUAAAGUCAAAAUGUAUUAAUUUCAAACUCAAAAACUGAGUGUGGUUUUGUGGAAAUUUUCCAAUUUGUAAAUUAAAAACAACUGACUUAGUUUCUCAAAAAUGAACAGAUCCUUUUCAUUUUUGAGAGUUGCCCUAAUACGCCUUCGUACCUUUAAAAGCAUUUCUAUGACAAUACGAGGGAGAAAAUCUGUUGAAAAAUGCUGCUAGCCCAUAUACUGAGGCUUUCUUUACCUUUAUUCAUUCUUAAUGCCAACCACUUUACUGUGAGCUCCGUUAUCAGGUUGCUACUGAAAGCACACUGUUAAUGCAUAAUGUAGACACACCAACCAAAGUGCAGUCACUUGCAUUGUAAAAUCUGCCUCAAAGUCACUGAGACGGUAACUUCUUUUUUUUUGUUGGGUAUGACAUAAACCAUUUCCGUACUGCUACAGUCACUGAUUGAGUUUACUGAUCAGUGAUGUGAUCAGUAGUAUCAAACAGUGCAUAGGUCCAAGAGCAAUAAAACAGAACAAUCAGCACUUACCAGUACAACAGCUCUAUCAUAAGAGGAAUGAUCACCUUUCUGACUACGUCAGCAAUCUCUGAAAAUGCUGCAGCUUCUUAAAAGUGGAAUUUAUGGCAGAAAUGAACACAUUAGAUUACACAGGUGGUCAUUAUUUUGUUUUUAUUUUUUUACCAGAAGGAACUCACUUCAUUACAAUCAACUUUUUUGGAGCACACCUUGUGCUUUUAUGUUUCUAACUCACAGAAAAGUGAAGAUUAGCAAGUAAGGCUAAGUAGCUAAUAGUGGCACUGACUCUCAAUAGACUAUAGCUUUGUUCUAUAAAUAACAGGAAGGUAUGUAUUUUAUCACGGCUGUGACCUACAGCUCAUAAAGUUAACGUGUUCACACAACCCGUGGUGCAAAAUGACAGGGAAGUCAGUCUCCCUCUUUCAGUUUUUACUGUCAACAGACAUGAUACAUAUACAGCUCUGGAAAAGAUGAAACACGAAAGCAAAUCUAUGCUUUCUUUCUGCGUCUAUCUUUAUUGUACUCAGCAGCCCAAAUUUCUAACGUCCAACUGAAAUAUUCUUGCAUAGGUCUUGCAGAAAAUGUCAGCUGGUUUAAAGAAGAAAGAGAUGCAGCUUUAUCUGUUCAUAGGGCAAACUCUGGUUAUAUGUUUUUAUAUAACAGAAUAUUAAUGUUUAAACCCUGAUAGUUUGGACAGCAGUAUUUGAAAGUAGUUGUUAUAUAGUUGUCUUAGUAAAAAGCAGAAACCAUGCCAGAUUUCUAUAAAUCAGCUUCUGUGCAUUCAAAAAAACCAUUCUGCUCCAGUCAAUACUGAUGAAAAUAGAGCAUUAUUUUUUUCCCUGAUCAAUAAUAGACAUAAAUGAGAAUAUUUUCCCUAUAUAGAAUUAGUCAGAUGGGCGUUUUCUAUGAGAGCAUUGCAGACAGGUUUUUCUUCUCAUUUUGCUCUCCUUUAAAGGUAAACAUUUGCUAAAGUUUAAAUAAAUAUCCGUAAACAAUGACAUACUUAGACACAUCUGAAUGAGGCUGUCCUGGAUGGUAAACAACAGAAAGACAAUCAAUAUUCUUAUGCACGGAAAGUAACUGACAAAGCCUUUUAUGAAAAAUUACACUCAACUCUAAAAUAUGUCAAAUCUUUAAAAAUAUCUGUGAAAGAAGUCAGAGUAGAUAAGGGGUGAAGGAAAACUGCACAAAAGUUUGGUGGUUUGGUCUGUUGUAGUUUAAUGUUGUGUGUAUUUUGCACACGCACAGUCAAAGCACAUCAUGUUCAAGUGUAUGUCCUCACACCAAAAAGCUUCGUCCUAUUUACAUGUGAUUUUUGAAACUGGAUCUCAUCUACAACACUGCAAUGCUAAAACAGUCUUUGCCUUUUUUCUCCAAAGUUUUAAAGACCAAAGCUUCCGUUGUUGGUUGAAUCUUUUUGUUUCCUGCAUUAACCAUGACUAACUGCAUUGUUCCAGUUGAUAUCUGUCUAUCUAAUAUGUAACUUAAAAGUACAAGAAAUGUCAAAUCUACUGCAAAGUCUAUCUGUGUGUGAACCUAGAACCAAUUAUUUUACAACUUUAAUACCUCUAGAGUCUGGAUGAUAUGAAUAUUUCUGAGAAUUCUACCUAAAUAUUCUUAGAAAUAAUAAUGUGAAUAAUUAUCAACUUUUCUUUUACAUUUCUGAUUUCAUUUGGGUCAGAAAAAUGUCCAGUUUAUCUCCAGAUAGCAUUGUUAAAUAUGUUAUUUAAAUGCAGUUUAGUAUCUUGUUUGAAAUAUUUCGAUUAAAAACAUCUAUUUGG